CACAAAUUCACCAAUGUUAAGAAAAGGUCAUUUCUUUUGCAUGCAUACGAAAUCAACUAACUGGUUAAUUAGCAUAUUCAGUCAGUCAGCAUAUUACUGAACAAUUAAGAAGUUACACUUUUAUUUAGGCUAUUUUUCGGGUUUUGAGUUUGAACAUUUUCAUCUCUUUGUAAAAAGCUUUGACCUAUGAUGGUCUCGGGUAGUUUAAAAUACAUCUAAACUAGAAGAUAAAUACAAUCAUAGCUAGUAUCAAGUCAGACAAACAAACAGUUCAUUAUGUUAGUGGUUUAUUAAUUAGUUACUAUAUUGACCACGAAACUCCCCCAAAGUCUUUGUUGUUUUCAAUCCUAAGUUCUAUCCAUCUUUAAGUAUCAGUGAGAGGGCAUAUUUGUUCCAAUUUCCAAGAUUUUGAUACCUGAUUUUAAUUAAUACUGAGAAAACGUGCCGUAACAUGGUGUUUUAUCAUCUUAAGCGAGCAAUAUAUCUAAUGUAUAUGGUAAAAUAUUAAUAAGCUUUUGAUUGUAAUCUACUCUUUAAAUGAACCUUGGAUUGAUAAUGUGCUCUUUAAUUAAAUUUUCACUUGUCAAGUCCUUUCUAUUUGUUAAGUUGUAUUGUAUUGAAGUAACUAUUAGGCGUGAAUACUUUCUCAAGUACUUAUUCGUAAACCUUUUGGAUCGAGCAGAUAUCCGUAAGGAAAAAUUGUAAAGUACUUUUGUUAACUUCACUUUAUUAUCUAAGUGUAAUCUUUUCCAAUUAGUUCUGAGUUGUAUUAUUUGACGAUGGUUUAUUCAACAUUUUUAGAGGAUGAGAAUCGACGACAUAAAAUUUAUUCUUUGUUGGACCAUGAUUGUUCGUCAAUAUGUGAUACAAUGUAAUGUUGCUUAUAUAACCUACUGUCCAUGCAUGGGUCGGCUUGGAAACCAGAUAGAACAGUUCCUAGGUAUGAUUGCAUUUGCAAUUAAACUAAACCGUACUCUUGUUUUGCCUCCAUGGAACAUUAUGUCAUCUUUGCAGGCUAAUUUUGUGCCUUUUGGAAACUUAUUUAACAUCACUACACUUCUACCAGUUCAUCAGUUUGUUUCACUGGAGAGUUUUAUGUUGAAUGAAGCUCCUGUCAUCUGGCCAGCAGCUAAACGUACAGCGUUAUGCUUUCGACCUAGAUCGGGUCCUUUAUUUAAUGAUUGUAAUGCUAAAAACGGGAAUCCUUUCAAAGAAUUUUGGGAUAAAUUUAAUGUCAGUUUCACAGGUUCUAGUUUCUAUUUUCCUCUAAGUACAGAUGAUCCUAAAGAGAAGUGGGAUCAGUUAUUUCCUUCAGAAACUUACCCAGUUCUUGCAUUCAUUGGACCGCCUUCGUCUUUCCCUGUUCGUCCUGAAAACCGUGUAUUCCAUCGUUAUUUAGAAUGGAAUAGUCAUAUUAAUCUAGUCACCGAGAAUUUUAUAAAUCGAUGGUUAAAUAAACCUGUAGUUGGAGUUCAUUUACGUAAUGGAGAGGAUUUUCGCUCAGUGCCAUGGUGA